AUGGACCAAAGCAAUUAUACUUCUCUACAUGGUUUUAUUCUGCUUGGCUUCUCUGACCAUCCCAAACUGGAGGUGGUCCUGUCAGGAGUUGUCACCAUCUUCUACCUAAUUACAUUGGUGGGUAACACAGCCAUCAUUCUUGCAUCUCUCCUGGAUUCCCAUCUCCACACACCAAUGUACUUUUUCCUCAGGAAUUUCUCUCUCCUGGAUCUAUGUUUCACAACCAGCAUCAUCCCUCAGAUGAUGGUUAACUUGUGGGGACCUGAUAAGACCAUCAGCUAUGUGGGCUGUGUCAUUCCACUCUAUGUUUAUAUGUGUUUGGGCUCCAUUGAGUGUCUUCUCCUGGCUGUGAUGUCCUAUGAUCGUUUUACAGCUAUUUGUAAGCCUUUGCAUUAUUUGAUAAUCAUGAACCCACAUCUGUGUCUCAAGAUGAUUCUCAUGGUCUGGAGUAUUAGUUUGGCCAACUCUGUAGUAUUAUGUACACUCACCCUGAAUCUGCCUAGAUGUGGAAACAAACUUCUGGAUCACUUCUUGUGUGAGUUGCCAGCUAUGGUCAAGAUAGCUUGCAUAGACACCACAACAGUGGAAAUGUCUGUCUUUGCUCUAGGCAUUGUCAUCGUCCUUACACCCCUCAUCCUUAUUCUCAUAUCCUAUGGCUACAUUGCCAAAGCUGUGCUGAGAAUGAAGUCAAAAGCAGGACAACGAAAAGCAAUUAAUACCUGUGGUUCUCAUCUCACUGUGGUGUCCAUCUUCUACGGAACUAUUAUUUACAUGUACCUGCAACCAGGUAACAGUGCCUCCAAAGACCAGGGCAAGUUCCUCACCCUCUUUUACACCAUCAUCACUCCAAGUCUCAACCCUCUCAUUUACACCUUAAGGAAUAAGGACAUGAAGGAUGCACUGAAGAAGAUGGUAAGGUUGACCAUGAAACUACAAAAUCAAAGGGGAACUUGA